AUGGCUUCUGACCCGUACGGCAGCCCCGACGAUGGGCUGGAGCUGGAGCGAAUCGCCGUCGGACCCUACUGCGUGUUUGACGACUUCAGACUCCCUCCCAGUCCCGCGCCCAUCGAUCCGCCUGUCCCCGACGAGGACCGGCACACGGCCAAGAUGGAAGAUCCCCUGCUUUCAAGCGACUUCCCCUUUGCCAGCAUGCGCGCACCGUGGCUCACCACCGCCGGCGACGACAUGACGCUCACGGCUCCCGCUGACGACAUGACCAACUGGAACGAGUGGAUGCAGUACGAUCCCGCCCAAGCGUCUCAGAACACCCAGAAUGUCGACCCCAAGCCCGCGAAUCCGCAGGGGCCUGCCGCAUAUCUCAGCCCCGAUCAGCAAACCUCGCCCCAUUCCCUAUCCCACCAACAGUCCCAACCGCUGCAGUCCAGCACCGUACCCACGACCGCUCCCAUGUUUUCCCACGCACAUGCUGUCCCCUUCACCUUUGGCCAGGCCGCCGACGUACCUCCGGCCUUUGACUUCAAUGGCAAUGCCAUGAGCUCCCCACCUACUGCUGACAUGCAGCAACAAAACGCCUUUUACGCCUCUCACCAAUGGCAGCAGCAACAGCAACACCAGCAGCAACAACUAGCUGACAACGCUCUCUUCUCGCCCACGCAGUACGACCAGAACGGCUUCGUCGCACCACAACCACCAGCCUCGACGCCCAGUCUCCACCAUAGCCCAAACUCUCUGAGCAAUGGACGAGCCAGCUCAACCUCGUCGCAUUCGUCGCCAGAGCCCGUCACAACCAAUGUACGAAAGAGGAAGUCACUGGCUGACUCCGAGGAGCUCGACGACGAUGCGCCCUCAAGCAAGAAGGGAGGACCACCCAAGAAGACUGCACACAACAUGAUUGAGAAGCGCUAUCGGACCAAUCUCAACGACAAGAUUGCUGCUCUUCGCGAUAGUGUACCCAGUCUUCGCGUCAUGUCACGGCCGAAUGGUACCGAAGAAGACGAUGACCCUGAGGAUCUUGAAGGUCUUACACCCGCACACAAGCUCAACAAAGCCACUGUACUCUCCAAGGCCACAGAAUACAUCCGACAUCUGGAAAAGCGCAACAAACGUCUACAAGAUGAGGUCAACACCUUGAAAGGACGGGUAGAGAGCUACGAAAAGAUGGCCAUAUCGGGUCCCAUAACCUUACAUGGCACUGUGGGCACACCUGAUGGCUCAAGAUUCCAUAAAGAUCCCUUCACGCCCACACACGGCAUGCCAAUGUCAGGACCGCCACAAGGAAUGAUUCCAGUUCCUGACAACAUAAGUGCUCUCCAGCGCGGUCUCCCACCACAACAGCACUAUGCACCUGCAUACCCGCCAGGAUACGGUGGUCGCCCGGCAGUUGCCGCGCCCAUGGUCAACGGCCGGCGCAAUGGUGCCAUGAUGGGCAAGCUCAUGGUCGGAUCUCUCGCGGGCCUGAUGAUACUUGAAGGACUCGUAGAGCGGGAGCAGUCGCAAGAAGAGCCAGCUGGUCGUGGUCUCUUCGCCCUUCCCGUCAACCUCGCUGGCAUUCUUGCUCCUCGCGUUUCUCUAGGCGUAUCCACAGCUCAGAUCCCUAUGGCCAAGCUUCUUUUAGUCUUCUUUGCUUUCUUCUACCUUGCUGCACCAUUGCUCGACUUCAGAUCGAAACCGAAGAAGAAGUCUCCUCCAGCUAUCCUCUUGACACCCGCACCGUCAUUGGCCUCACCUGUAGAAGUGCGUCGCAAGGCAUGGCUCACUGCAAUUCAAACUGUCUGGGUUCCACAACACAAUUUCAUCUUAGAGCUUGCUGCCUUGGGCUUGAAAACACUUAAGCUCAGCAUGCGUAGGCUUGUUGGCUGGGAGGGAUAUGCAUAUCUUACUGGCAUUACCAAGGAACAAGAGGCAGCUCGUGUCAAAGCCUGGGAAAUUGCCUUGGAUGCUCAGCUUACAGGCGGCGACGCUGAGAUCAGCAAGAGCCGUUUGGUACUAACCUUGAUCGCCUCUGGUACCCUACCAGAUACACCAGCAAGGCUCAUGCUCAAGGCUUUGCAUCUCCGAAUCGUGCUUUGGGAACUUGGAAACGCAGGCCAUGGCUCGUGGUGGUUACUCAACGACCUGAGCGCAAAACUGGCACGAAGCUACUGGAACAUGGCGCGAAGCGAGCACCGUAUUGCCACCAACAUGUCGAAACAGAACAGCGAAGCUCAGCCGUUACCAGAACAUCUCGCAGCACUCAUUGAGAGGGAGUGCGACGAUGUGCUUGUUCCUGCAGUUGUGCAGCGGGCAUACAACCUGGCUUGGAAUAAACCAAGCGCAGAACAGACAGUCGUAGAUACCUCCAUGGAUGCUGUUGUCGAGGACUUCGCCAUCUGCUCGCCUUUGGAUGCUCUUGCCGCCUGGUACUCUAGCCUUGUAUUGAACAAAGGACUUGCAGCCACGCUUGGUGCGAAAAACAGCUCGUCCAAGGACAACGUCGUUACCGACCUAGCACUUGCUCUCCAAGCUGCCCCUCCCAAUUCACAAGCUCAGCUACGUGCACUAAUUGCUCAAGCUGUUGUACUAGACGACGACCGCAACACUCGCAUUUCUGCAGCAAUGGAAGCUCUUCCUUCAUCUCCCAAACCUGCGGAUGCUGGCUUCAUCAAUAUCGUCGGCAAUGGGUUCGUCGCAAUCGAUGUGCGGAAAGCACUUACCUUGGCCAAGUGCCUCUCUCUGGCCGCCUCCUCAAAUCCCGAAGCCCGCCGCCGCGCCAUCUUCGUCGUCAAUAACACGUAUCUUCCCGAAUGCACAACUACACUCCUCAGUUUUGUUGCUGGUCACAAAGUUCUCACGCAAUUUAUGGCCGACGAAAAACUGAAGAAGGAGACUAGCUGCGGUCUAGAGCGCACUGCUAGUUCCCUUCGCAUGUGGAUCGGUCACGACACUGGUAAGAGGAGCGGACUGAGUAACAAGGUUCGAUGUAAGAUUGUGAAUAGCUGCCUUGAUGCGAGCAAGACUUUAGUUGGAUUGGGAGAGAAGAAGAAGAAGAAGAAAAAGGAGGAGUCGGAGGUGGACGACGGCUACGUCAGUGCCAGUGUCAAGGACGAUUGA